CUCUUUUAUCCCUUCCUCCUCCGCUUGAGCUUGUCUAACCUUGACGCUUGUCUUUUCGCUUACUGUAAGCUGAAAUGUGCUUGUACUCAGUCGAGUUGAUUGAUAGGAAUCAGCUUUACUAUGAUUGCUCUUCACUACCGUCCUCAGCUAUCGAGAUUCGCCAACUCGCCAAAGCUGUUACACAACAGAUAUUUUCUCUAGUGUUUUACAUCUGUCCGUCAUUAAAUUUGGACGUCUAACAUGCAGUGCCAGCGAGUUCUAUACGUAUGUGGUAGUAUGUCAUAUACUGACGCGGAUCUUCUUGUCUCGUCGAAGGUAUUGACAGAACUCUAACAUCGUACCCCGACAUCACAUCGAGGUUUAACUCGUGAGUUAAACCUUUGGCUUUGUGUACUGUCUGAAACCCAAGAAGGUUUUACAUCCUCGCUGAGAAGACUGCGCGUUACCUCGACAAGAAUGUUUGGUAAGUGUCCUGUGACGCACCAAUUUCGCUCCAGGGGCUUUGAUUCUCUCCAAUCUGUUUUAUCGUCAGUCGGCCCAAUGUAUGAGCUUGGAUUGGUCGUAUGCAAUGGACAUGUUGAUCGCGUGUGGAUCUUCGGUCCUCGUGUAUCUCAUGCCGUGAAGAAAGAAAGUUCUUAGUCGCAUGUUGACCACGGGACGUCCUUCUCAUGAUCAUAUAAGACGAUGAGUAGGUCUACUCUCUUUCAACAGCUGCUCUAACCGCACCCGCACUUUCUCGAGAUUGGGUUUCUUGUUAGGCACCAUUCAUAUGCGCUAUGGCCACAAAGCUAUUCGCUCUCGUCAUUGGUCUCGACAAGUACAAGUCUGGUAAUAUUUGGGAUCUGGAGACCUGUGUCAAUGAUGCCCACAGCAUAAAGCGCUGGCUCACGCACGACCUGCACGUUCCUCGUGAGCAGGUGUGCCUCUUAACAGACAAACAAGCCACGCAGCGUAACAUCGAGGACAAUUUCAUGAGCCACCUCGUCAACAACGCCGCCAUCGAGCAUGGUGAUGCCAUCCUAGUCUACUUUGCUGGCCAUGGGAGCAGUUUGCGUGCACCUCGCGGGUGGUUCGGUCAUAACUCAAAAACUGUCGAGAUCCUUUGCCCAUAUGACCAUGACACGAAGUGUCCUGCUGGCAGAAUCGCAGGCAUCUCUGAUCGGUCGCUUAAUGCGAUGAUGAGGGACCUCGCUGCGGCUAAGGGUGACAAUAUAACCCUAAUACUCGACUGUUCAUUCUCUUCCCCCACGUCACGACUGGCUCUCCGCGAUCGCCGGCAUGCUCGCUGGACGCCCACGUCCAAAGCCACCCCUGAAGAUCUUGAUGCUGGGCUCUGGCGGAGUGCACUGGGCUAUUCCGCCAAAUCGCCGUGUCGCGGUUUCGCUGGUAUUGCUUGCGACACUCAUAUCAUCCUUGCAGCUUGCAGGCAAGGGGAGAGUGCGAACGAGAGUAAGAGCGGCGGGAACCUCACCCUAGCGCUACUUGCUGUCAAGAAUUCAAAGUCGAUCCAUCGCAUGUCGUACAGUGACCUUCUUCGUAACAUCGAAAACCGAGUCGAGGACCAGCAUCCCAUUUGCGUUGGUCUGAGGAAACAACGAGCUCUGUUCAACGGAAUUCCUUUCAUCGCGGAUACUCGCUAUGUACCAAUCGACUUUUACGAUGACGAAAAGCUUCGCGUGGAUGCUGGCGCUAUCCAUGGUGUCACUGAGGGUACCGAGUUCAGUGUACACAAACAUAACUGUCGAGGCUCGCUCAACCCUGUCCUCGCUUCCUUUUCCGCAGUCGAGGUGCAUCCUACCUGGUGUCUAGUGCGCAGUCGAUCCCGUGGAAAGGCAGCCAUCCGAGAUGGAUGGGCGCGCAUUACACGUUGGAACAAUCGCACACCUUUCCGUGUCCACUUCCGAAAGUCUUUCUUUUCAUUCUUUCGCCGACUUCGCCUUCGGCGUUGUCUCCCCUCCAAGACGGAUGCUGUCCAACCACGCCCUGGUGUCAACAUGGUCCGAGUCAAGAAUUCAUCGCAGUCCGAUGUGUCUGUCAAACUUCGUCGGCGUGAGAUCGUACUGGAGCGGCACGAUGGGUUAAUUGCAGCCAAUUGUCGCAGAAUCAUUCACUUGUCCAGCGAGCAGACUAACACUGACCUCAGAGUCCUUGAUGCUGCUGCUCGUUUCCAUCUUCAUCUCCAUCGUCGAAAUCCUCAGAGGCCUCUUUUGGGCAUGGUGACCAUGGAGCUGUACCGUCUGGACCCUUCGUCCUGGUCGCGCAUAAAUGGCAAUCUCCUGGUAGACGGCCGUGCAGAGAUUGUCGAUGAUGAAAAAAAUGCCAUUUAUGCCGUAGUCCUUCAUAACUACUCCGAUACCGACCUCUGGCCAUACCUUGCGUAUAUGGAUUCCAGUGGUUAUGGCAUUAGCAUGGUAUACCAUCCUGACGCCACCAGCUCGAGGCCUCCUCUCCGCAAACAUUCUGACCUCGUCAUCGGUUCUGGAACGACCGACUCCGAAGCCUUAUCUUUCAGUCUCACUGAGGGUGCCGACACUGGCGCGGGAUUUCUGAAGCUUUUCGUAUCAUCUGUCUUCACUCCAAUGACGUCUAUCGAGCAAGGUGCUGUUUCCUCGAGCACCCCUAUGUUCUCACCCACAUCUGGUAGAUCGAUUGAGAAGUCAUCGAGCCAAGAUUUAUGGGAUUCUAUUGUUUCAUGUGUCACAGUCGUGCGCAGGCGGUAAGGUCAGCAGGGGAUCUUUCAAGCCUUAUCUAUGAGCAGCUCUUCGUUCUCUUUCACCUCCCACACAUACCCCGAUAGUCACUUAUACCCGUAUAACAUGUAAUUUAGUCUUUGAAUUAUCGGCUGUGGACAUUUAACGCAAUGUAUGUAGUGUAUAAUUAUUCUUUAUACCAUUGUACCAGAUAUCAGUUAAGAUGUCUGGAAACUC